UGUUUCAGCCUCGCCUAUUGAAAAUGUCAUUUCAAACUUACAUUUUUUAUUUUAAUAACAGAUUUGUAUAGACUAUUUGUUUGGACAUUAUAUACAACGUGUACUACAGCAACGAUUGACAGCGUUAUCACAGUUUGUCGUGCCCACUGUGAAUAACUGCGGACUGAAAGCCACAAGCGCGCGGCAGAAGUGGCCGGACCAAACCGCACGAUCUUCCUCUUCUGUCUCUCUCCACGGGGGGAAGUAAAGGCACAUGACCUGGCUGAUGUCAGAGUUUCGCGUUGUGCAAAGUUCAGAAGCUUUCGGGAGUCGGAACGCUCAGCGCAGAGCAGCUCACAAGGCGAAACGGUCGCCGAGCUCCUAGGAUACUUGUUCGGACGGGACUGCCAUGGAAUAGCUGGCCUUUGAAGCACGCUUCGGAGCGAGCGCGCAAACACAGUCGUUUGUGUUAGGGUAAAUGAACACAGGGGCCAUGGAGCGGAUUAAUAAAGAGACGGGGGAGCUGAGUGCGUCUGGUGAGGUGGAGACGCGGAAGGGAGUUCCAUCUGGUCACCUGGGAGACGCAGACGCAGAUGCAGACGUAAACACAGACGCAGACCUGGUGCAGGCGGUGAGAGAGGGUGUGUCCCAGCUAGAGCAGAAAGCACACCUACCAGCACAGCAGUGGGAGGAGCAGCUGCUGCGCCUACUGCCCCUCUUCAUACAGGUGUCUGAGAGCAGUAGUGGGGUGGAUGAUGUGGAUCUGGGGAAUCUGGCCUCUCAGGUUUGUGCCACUCUGGUCCAUCACAUACAGGACAGACUGGCCCAGAAGCCUGCAGAGGAGGCACGGUGGGAGCUUGGCCAGUUCUUCCAGAAGACAGAGAGCGGUGCUGGAGGCUGGCUGCUCCUGAAGGCCCUUACACUGCUGUCUGCGCAACAGACUGCGGUAAGUGCAGCGGUUAAGAGUGGCCUGCCGGGGGCGCUGGUGAGGUGUUUGUACGUGUUUGUGGCCGUACCCAGUACACACCAGCAGGGGGCAGACCAGGCAGAGCAAACAGAUGCAGACUUCCACGAGCUACUCAUCCAGGUGAUCUUGCAGCAGUGCAGGCAGGUGUGUUUUGUGGAGGAGCUGGUGGAGGCUCAGGAGCUGCAGUGUGUGAUCAUCGCCAUGACGUCGCUAUGGGACCAGUGCUCAACGUCAUGGAGACGGCAGGCAUCACGUGUACUCAGGGCCGUGUCUGCAGCUCAGGCUCGGAAUACUGUCCCCAUCCUGCAGGCUAAGAACUGUAUGCGUAUCUGCAUCCAGAACCUGCAGCGGAUCAGUGGGUCUGUGCCAGGCCUGGUUCUGGCCGAGGUGGCGGUCAGUGUGUUCAGCUUCAUCAGAGACUCGUAUGGGCUGAGCCCGGCCCUCUUCCAGGAGUUUGAGAGUAAUGACGGGUAUGGGGUCCUGCAGGCCAUCCUGGAGCGCUGUGAGGAGGAGGUGUGUGCGGAGAGCUUCCAGCCUGUUGAGGAUCUGCUGGGUCUGGUGUCCUCCUUCACGCUGUUUGGACGCUCUGAACUCAAGGUGGCGCUGUGUGUCACUAACCCACAACCACCAGGAUUCAAGUUUAACCCCAGUCUUACCAAAGGUACUGCGGUGAAGAACCUGCGCGCGUUCGGGCUGCUCCAGAGUGCGUUCCUGCGCUCGUCCAGCGCUCUGCUGUGCUGUCAGGUUCUACGGAGCGUCCAGACCAUCUGGUCGUGGGACCAGGCCAACUUCUUCCUGCUGGAGUGGACGCUGGGGUCGCUGGCCCAGAUGGCUGGGGCGGCCUGGCGCAAGCCAACGCCCGUGCACGCGCUUUUCUGCGAGCUGCUGGAGGGCGUGCUGCUGCAGCUGGACUACAUCCCCCAUGAGGCUUUGCGGCAGCUGCAGGCGGUGUUCAAGCAGAACCCCAGCGAGGUGUUUAACGGCGCAGUACUGGCCUCCCUCCACAGGAUGGUGCUGAGUAGCGGGCUGCUGGCUGAGGUGCUGAAUGACACGGGCAUGCUGGACCUGCUGCUGCUGGAGCUCAGGAGACAAGCCAAGAUACUCCGCAAGCAAGGGAUGACAGGCAAUGAGCAGCAAGUGGAGGAGAGUGACCGGAAACUGACAGCCAGCAUGUUGAGACUAGUAGCUGCUCUCACCAUGAGGUCCAUCAGAAACACAGUGUGUAUCAGGGACAGGGCCAUGGUUCCUUAUGUGAAGGUGUUUGUGGACGAUGAGGAGUAUCGGCCUGCAGCUCUGACCAUCCUGGAGCAGCUGGCUGAGGUCAACCCAGAGGAGUACAUGAGCUCUGUCAUCGGAGCGCUCUGCUCCUCUACACACACUGAACACACUCUCAAACUACACCUGCUGCAGUCAAUUUUGAAGGUACUGGAGAACCCCACCAGUUGGACGGCGUUUCGUGUGACGGGGGGGUUUGAGGGUCUGCUCUCUCUGGUGGUGGACAUGGCGGGGGGGCUGGCGGAGCCAGUGGGGGAUGUGUGGGCGGGGCUUGGUCGCCAUGGCGUCAGUGAGCUCCUCCUCCUGGUUCUGCACGCCAUGGCGACGGCGGUGCACCUGGACCCCGUCAGUGGCCACCUGCUGGACAGAGAUGGGUACUACAAACGCCUCUCCCACGCCCUGUUGGCUUUGGGAUGCUUCCAGGAGCCACACACACACACGCACCUCACGCACACCCCGCACACAACACACCUCUCACACUCCUCGGAGCGCGCCCACUGGAGAAGCUUCCGGCAGUUUGUGGCGCUGGCCGAGUCCCCCUCCCCCCCACUGCCCCAUCCACUGCUGGACUGCAUACGGUUGCUAAGUUACCUGGAGCAGUUCGCUACUGGUGUGAGCCUGGAGCCCCCAGAGGUUAUGGCUGGAGGUCAGAUAUCGGGUCAAAGGUCACCAGACCAGUUGGCCGAGGAGGAGCCACAGGGAAGAGUCAGGAGCACGGCCCUCAGUGUCUCAUCCGUCAGUGAUCCCACCAGCAGAUUCACCUGUGAUCUGACGAUCCUCCACCCUGCAGCCAUCAGACUCAUCAUCACCCUAUUGCCCCGAGUGUAUCACCACAGUGCUCCGCAGCUGUCUGUGGAGGUGCAGCAUGCUGUAGCGGAUCAUGUCCAGUGGUUGUUGCGUUCGGAGCGGAACCGCCAGAUUAUGUGUGAGGGGGGGCUCCUCUCCACCCUACUCACACACUGCCCCCCCAUGCUGCUCUCACCCCCCCACCCCCUGCAUCUGCCUGUCGUGCGCAUCCUGGAAAAGCUCACCUCGCAGUCCAUCAGCCCUGCCAACCUCAGGCGAUUUCUGUGUCUGGGGAAUCCCUUCCUGUGUUCUGAGAACAACACUUCCCCACAAUCCACUGCUUCUGUUGCUAACGGUCUUAGUGCAGAUGGGCCCUGUGCCGAGGAAGAUGAUGGUAUGAGGAAAAACACGAGGAAGCUAAAGAGAAGCUUCAGUCUGUUAAACUGCACUGGCUCCGCCCUCCCGCUCCACCAGAUCAUCAGCCUCGUUUCCAUGACAUCGCCACGGAGCUUUCGGCCUCACAAGCUAUCUGCCACACCCUCCUUCGUGGAGUUUGACAUGAGUGAAACUGGAUAUGGAUGUCUGUUUCUGCCCUCUCUGGCCACAGUGAAGGGAGUAAACUCUGAUGGCACUUCCACUGGGGGAGUAGGGAAGGACUGUCGUGGUUUCCCCCCGGUGGCCGGUCUGUCGUUCUGCUGCUGGUUCCUGGUGAGUCGCUUCAGUGCCGCGUGUGACUCCCACCCCAUGCGCCUCCUGACGGUGGUGAGGCACAUGUCCCGCGCGCCGCAGCAGUACGUCUGUCUGUCCGCCUCCAUCACCGCGCCGGACGGCUGCCUGCUCAUCUCCACUGAGGAGGAUCCCUACCACGACCUGGACGUUAUGGAGCCUGAUGUUGGAACGCCCACCACCCUCCCAUCUUCCGUGCGCUUCAAGUGUUCACAGCAGUUAAGCCCCGCCCAGUGGCAUCACCUGACCCUGGUCCUGGCUAAGGAUGUGAAGCGCAGCUGCAAGGUCACCGCCUACCUCGACGCCAAGGUCAUCGGCUCCGCCAAGAUGCAGUACAUCAAGCCGUUUCCAGGGCAGUGUGUUUCCAUGGACCCCACGGCUGUGAUUGACGUGUGUGGCAUCAUUGGCACGCCGUCGUUAUGGAAACAGCACGCAUCGCUGGUGUGGCGUGUAGGCCCCAGCAUCCUGUUUGAGGAGCCGCUGGGCCCUGAUGCCGUGGAAACCAUUUACAACCAGGGGACCUGUUACCUAGGCAACUACCUCGCCCUGCCCACCCAAGACGGUAGCUCCAGCGAGGGGGAAGUGUUGGGCCGCCUGGUUCCGGAGGAGAGGAUCUCGUUUGGGAUCAACCCGGCCGUGUGUUCCCUCACUACCAUAGCCGAGAUACGAGACCACUACAACGAGGUGGACUGCAGGCUCAUCGCCAAAGAGAUGGGCAUCACCUCUCGUGAUAACACCACUCCAGUCCUCCUGUGCAGGAACAUUAGCCAGCAUCUGGGCGGCACCAGUCGAGCCAUUGGGGCAGCAGUAGUGGGCCAGUUUGGUGUGAGGAAGUUCAUGUCCAGCAGUGCAUCUCGCAGCUUCCAGUACAUUGGUGGUCCAGCGGUCAUCCUGAGUCUGGUUGCCAUGGCGACAGACGACAGCUCUCUGUACGCAGCGGUGAAGGUGUGUGUGUCCGUUCUUACCACCAACGGAUGCAUGGAGCGGGAGAUGAGGCGUAUGCAGGGAUACAAGAUUCUGGCAUUCCUGCUGAAGACGAAGGCUUCGCUCAUCAGCAGUAGAACUUUCCAGCUGGUUCUGUCGCUGACCGGAACCGUGGAAUUGGGUUCUGGUUCUUCUCUCGUCCACAACCUCCCAGCCUUCCAGGACCUGCUGUGUGAUGCUGAGAUUUGGCAGAAGGCUCCAGAAAAUCUGGACCUGUCUGUCUUAAACCACUUCAGUGACAUCCUGAAGGCCUCCAGUGAGGACAUAUACAAUGCAGGGGUGAUGCACAGACUAGAUAUGGUGGAUAAGCUGCUCUUCCUGCUGCAUGAACCUGUCUGUUCAACCCGCAAGGUCCAACUCGUCUGCAGUGUCCUCUCACUACUCCUGCAGACACACCUCAACCACAGAGACAUCAGCAGACUUGGGCUGUUUGUGGUUUCUACACUACACCAUCCCACCAUUGAUGAGAAUGACCUCUUCUCCGGUGUAGAGUUUGAUGAGCAAGCGUUGACUCAGUCUCCAGUGAGGAUGUUGUGGAUUCGUAACCAGCUGCUGGACCUGGUCAUCUCUUUACUCAGCCCUGAUACCGUCCUGACUCAGGAGGCACAGCUGCAGGUGUAUGAGGCUCUGGGUGUGGACUGGUUCUUUAUGCUCCUGCAGUCUCACCUGCACAAGAGCUCAGUGCUGCUGGGCGUCAGGCUUCUCUCUCUGCUCCUCACACACACACACCUCAUCGCACGCCUCAGGGACACACACACACCGGGAACACUGCUGCAGAAUGCCCUGGAGCCCUCCAGCCGCAUGGAUAACCUGCGUGUGCAGGUGUGGACUCGUGGGGGUGUGACCACCACCUGUGGGGGAUUUCAGGUCCUGCAGAAGCUUCUGGAAUCUCAGGUGCACCUGGCCCAGAUCUACACCUCUCUCGCUGCUCUGCUCCUUGGCACACAGCCUGCUCCUCACACACCUGCAGGACAGGUGGAUCUGGAUAAUGUUCUACAGGGGCUGCUCGAGUCUUCCACAAACACUCCUCACCCAAGUGCCACACCACACCCCCCCCAGACCCCGCUGUGUGUGGAGGCCGCCUGCAUCCUGGUGGAGCUGGUCAGGGUCAUCAUCACUCAGAGGCCUCAGGCAGGAAGUGAUGCAAGGCCUGAAACAGGAAGUGAUGCGUGGCAUGUGCAAUACCCCGGCAGUGUGAUGCAGUUCCUGUGUCUGGUACACAGUUGCCGCCCCCGAGACCCGCUGUGGACACGGCAAGACUUCCUGUCAGCUCUCGCUAGGGCCAUGUUCCCUCAAAACACAGAGGGGAACAGUGAUGCCCCGCCCCCUCACCCAGCCAGGAAGCAGGUGUGUGACUUCAGCCGAAUCCUCCUGCUGGAUAGCCUGAUGCACACACCCGCCAGCGACUCGCACACACAACACCCGCUGGAGCAGCUGCUGGAGUUCUCUCCAGAGGGAGUGUGUGAGGAUCAGAAGCAAGUCUUUCAGACGGAGUUACUACUAUCCUUUAUCGAGCUUAUCCACAUCACUGGACAAGAGGAUGGACAACACACACACCUUAUCAGAGAUGACUCCUCCUCAGGCGGUACUGAUUACUCUGUUCUGCUGGAGAACGUGGCCUUCUUCUGCGCUGUGCUGGUGGAGAAGCUCUACACAGGCCUCUUCGUCACACACCCAGAGACACUCCUCAUCUUCAUCGCUGAGCAAGUAGUCAUGGCGGUAAAGAGGGUCCAGUCUCACCGGGAGAAAACCAUCAGCGCCCUCUACAAGAGUCUAAACCGCGCCCUGCUCUACUUCCUGUCCUGCCCACGCAUCACUUCCUGUGAGCAGCAGCUGGUCCUGCACACACUUCACAUCUUGGAGCAGCAGUGGGAUGUUGUCAUGGCAACGUCCAACAACAACGCCCACUUCACCUCGUGCCUGCUGCACUGCCUCCUGCUGGUCAGGAGUGGGAGCUACCUGGAGGGCUUUGGCUGUGAGGGACUGAGGAGGCCCCUCCCCGUCCAGAGCACAGAGGCCACGCCCUCAGGCCAGGAGACACCCCCCUCUGAAGUGGAGUCUGAGCUGAUGUGUGUGGUUGAGAGUGUGUGGAGUCGUGUGCUUCAGGAGAGAAGGGCCACUCUAGAGGAGACUUUUAAACUCGACCUGUCCGCAAAAGGGGGGCGGGACCAACCUGUCGCUAUGGGAGACGUCAGCCCAUUGUGGGAGGAGUCAGCACAGAAAGCCUGGCAAACCUUCAUUGAUGCUCAGCGAAAGCGUCUGGAGAGCGCCCCCUCCAGGAGGUCUGUGUUGACUGCAGCGGUUCGCUCGUCCUACAGACGCUCAGGCAAGGAGAUCAGCGGCAGUGUGGAGGGCUUUUUGCAUGGGAUGGAGGCCUUCAUUAAGACAGCUCAGGAAAUGUUUAACAGCCUACUCAGCAACCAUACACAGGCUCAGCAGUGCCAGUUUGAGCGGGUGGGGGCGCUGUGGGAGCAGCAGGAGGUGGAGCUCCUGCGUGAGCGGGGUGUGUUUGGGCCCGGCCCGGGGGUGUUACUGCAGCAGGACUGGGUCCAGGACGCCACGGAGGGGCCCGGUCGAACCCGCGCCCGCGUCCGCCGCCGAGCCCUGCGCCGCUCCAGGAAGAUGCAGGUGUUGACCUCAGGUCUGUGCGUGAAGAGUAACCCUGUAGAGGAGACCAGAGGCAUGACUGAGAACUGGGACACUGAUCCAGAGCUACGUAUCCUGUGUGAGGCAGGUCAUGAGGCUGAGGAGACAGGGCUUGACUGUGAUCAGCUGACUUUUUUCCCCGAGUUGAGCGAACCGCUGACCUCACCCACCGACACACACACAUGCGCCGAAACACACAUUAUCCUGCAGGAGCUCAGAGACCAAGAGAAGGUGAAGGCUAAGAUGAGUGUACUGCAGGUGAAUGGGUAUGUGGUGUGUGAGGGUGUGUUGCUGUUUGGAAAGGCCGAUCUGUAUGUGUGUGAAGGCUUCAACCUCACUCCCUCAGGAGACGUCUGCUGUGGCAGCCACCAACCCUCCAGUAUCCGAGACUCCGUUCUCAGUGGCAUGUUUAAGAAGGAGAAGGCCUCUACUGUGCAGAGCUGCAGACGCUGGCCUUAUGAGGACAUCAAAGAUGCACACUUCAUGCGCUUCCUGCUGGAGGAUAAUGCUCUGGAGAUCUUUCUGAAGAAUGGCUCCUCUGUGUUCCUGGUGUUCCCCAACAAGGAGCAUGUAUCUGCUUACAAGAGGUUGAGUUCAGUUGUUCCUGCUCUAAAGGGAACAGGGAUGGAGGCUGUGUUUAAUAUGAGGAGGUCUGGUGGGGUGGACAAGAAUGUUCUCCUCAGAUGGCAGAGAGGAGAGAUGAGUAACUUUGAGUACUUGAUGCAUCUGAACACCCUGGCGGGCCGCACCUAUAACGACCUGAUGCAGUACCCCAUCUUCCCUUGGGUCCUGGCUGACUACCAAUCUCAGACUCUGGACCUGUCGACCCCAGCAACCUUCAGAGAUCUGUCUAAACCAAUGGGAGCACAGACUGAGAGGCGGAGGGAGAACUUCAUCGAGAGAUACAACGAGGUGGAGAGCACAGAUGGUGAUCUGCCGGUGCGAUGUCACUACUGCACACACUACUCCUCUGCCAUCAUCGUGGCGUCCUUCCUAGUCAGAAUGGAGCCCUUCUCACACACAUUCCUGGCCCUGCAGGGCGGUUCCUUUGACGUUCCGGAGCGGAUGUUCCACAGUGUUCAGAAGGAGUGGGAGUCGACCUCACGGGACAACAUGAGCGACGUCAGAGAACUCAUCCCAGAGUUCUACUACCUGCCCGACUUCCUCAUCAACACCAACAAUCUGCAAUUCGGAUGCAUGCAGGAUGGUACCUCUCUGGGUGAUGUGGUUUUGCCACCAUGGGCCAAAGGAGAUCCACAAGAGUUCAUCAGAAUUCACCGAGAGGCCCUGGAGAGCGAGUACGUGAGUGCGCACCUGCACCUGUGGGUGGACCUGAUCUUCGGGGUGCGGCAGCAGGGCCCGGCGGCAGUGGAGGCCAUCAACUCCUUCCACCCCUACUUCUACCCCCACAGCCUGGACCCCCAGCUGCUGCAGGACCCCCUGCAGAGGAGCACCAUCCUGGGCUACAUCAACAACUUCGGACAGGUCCCCAAACAGCUCUUUACCAAGCCUCACCCGAGUCGUUUUGCACAUAAGAAGGACACGCCCAUCUCUAGUGUUGUCACGCCCUUCUACCUGCGAUUGGACAAACUCAAGCCCUCGGCCACACCCAUAAAAGAGCUGCAGCAGGGUCCAGUAGGUCAUGUGGUGUGUGUGGAUCGGGACGUGUUGGUUCUGGAAGGAAACAGACUCUUUGUCCCACCCCUCGGACAUGCCUUCUUCUGCUGGGGUUCCUAUGACAACAGCUGUGCCUUCGGCAACUACGCAACAGACAAGACCUUUGCAGUGUGUGAGAGUGUGUGUGACUGGGGGGAGAUGUUGUGCGCUGUUUGUCCUAACGCCACCACCAUCAUCACUGGGGGAGCCAGCAGUGUGGUGUGUGUGUGGGACAUCCUGCUAAGCAAGGACAAACUCACAUACAUGAGACUCAAACAGCCGCUGUACGGACACACAGGCGCAGUGACGUGUGUGGUGGCAUCAGAGACUCAUGGGCUGAUUGUGAGCGGGUCACGUGACCACACCUGCAUCCUCUGGGACCUUGAGGAUCUCAACUACAUCACACAGCUAGCAGGACACGACGACAGCGUGUCUGCCCUCGCCAUCAACACACACACGGGGGAGAUUGUGUCAUGUGCGGGCGCACACCUGUACCUCUGGUCAGUGCGGGGGCAGCUUCUGUCGUCCCUGGAUACGGGGGUGGGACCAGAGGGGCGGAGCCUGUGCUGCCUCUUCACCCAGCAUAACGUAUGGGACUCCCGCCACGCCAUCGUAACCGGGGGCAUCGACGGCAUCAUCAGGAUCUGGCGGACAGAAUACACGCGCACGCAAUUACCCACAAGCCCACAGGGCCAAGCGAACGCCCAUGAGCCUCAGGAGGGUCCUCAGCAUGACGCCGGUGUAUGUGGCUCCUCUGGGGGCGUGGCCUGGGACCGUCACCUGGUUCUGUGCCGCGAGCUGAACCGUAGUCAGGUGGUGUCACGGCGACGGUACCGGACCAAUCCCGCUGUCACGGCACUGGCAGUGUCCAGGACAAACGGGACUCUGCUGGUGGGAGAUGCUUGGGGAAGGGUCUUUAGCUGGACCUGUGAGGUUUAGGAGUCCCACACACACACACACACACACACACACACACACUGCCCACUGAUAUAAACAAGGUACUCACCCAAACAUGCACACAGACACAUAUGUAUAGAAACACACACACACACACACACACACACACACACACACACACACACACACACUCUCAUUAGGGUUUCCCCCAGUGUGUCAUGGGCAGUCCGCCUGCUCUAUUUCAGUCCUGCCUCUGGCCUGAAUGGUGAAAGCAAAAUUACACAUCUCUCACACACACACACACACACACACACAUAUACACACACAGACACAUCUCACAGAAGCCCACUUAAGUUUGUCAGGGUUCAACCACUUUAGACAGCCCUAACUCACACAGACACAUACACACACUCACACACCACACACACACACACACACACACACACACACACACACACACACACACAGAGACACAUCACACGUACAGAAUGCCUACUGAAGUUUUUCAGGGUUCGACCCCUUUUAGACAGCCCUAACACACACACACACACACACACACACACACACACACACACACACACACACACACACACACACACACAC